AUGCAGCUCGAUUUCCAUACGUCGGAGCCUCAGCAGUCAAGCUUAGUUGCAGACGAUUUUAUGACUCGAGCAAAAGGUGAGAUUGAUUCACCUUGUGAUAUGGUUAGUGAAGGGAAGCUGAUCAUUAUUCUCACAGUGCUGGACCCGGUUCUCGAUCAACUCCUCUUCGAAGCCGUUUUGAACGGAAAUCCACCGCCUGAACUUAGCCCGGACGAAGAAAAAAAGAUCUUGGAGAUACUUUCACUUGCUGAGCAAAAUGAAUGGAGAGGCUCAUCAGCAGUCAAGCCAGCCUACUGCUUCUGGAUCUGGUGUGGAUUGAAGCCGUACCGAUGGGCCGUAGUCCUGGAUCAAAAGCUCUGGACAGAAUUCACAGAGGAAUUCCAGAUUUUCAAGUACAAAGACUGCCCCGAUGCAAGAAUGCAAGCAAUUCCAAAUUUGUCCAUGUGGAAGCCUCCCACAUUCAGGGCCGCCAGACGGUCUGAAGAGUAA